AUGUCAAAAGAUCGUGGAAAGUAUUUGGGUGAAACCGACAAAGAAGGCGCUGCCACCAUUGGUCGCGUAGUGGUCUCCGAUGAAUCCAACACGGAUGUUGCUAACUCCCUCGAACUUGCCCUUUGCACUGCCGAUCAGCAAGUGGGGUCCGGUGAUAACGAAAAGUACUGGCAAAUAGUUGUCGAGACUCUUACCAAAAUAGGGUGGGUCCAGCAGCAGGCUGAGUGGUCCAAUGAAUAUGUCAACGGUCAAACUGCCGGUGUCGACAACUUUGGUGACUACGUGAAGGCAAAUGUCGAAAAGGAUUCACUUUAUCGUGACGCAGUGAAAUCUGUCGUUUCCAAAGCGAUGGUAUCGCUUCAAAGUCAUGAAGAAAAGCUUCAAUUCUUCCGGCCUUUCACGGCCGAUGGCACAUCUGGGUCCUUUGUUGUGAAUGCGGCAACGGUUACCAACGGAGUACUGACAAUGCGUGUUUCUGCAUUUGCGUUCCAAUGCAGCGCCCCGGUAGAUGAUUAUGUGAUCUCCAGCAUUAAAGACAUCGAAGCCCAAGUGAAUAAACUCGGCGUGAAAGUUAUUCUGUCGCAGAUAGUCAUGAACAACAUUAGAUCGGCCGUCGAGGACAAGUUAAACCAGGAAACCUCUGCGUACAUCCAAAGUCUAGAUAUUUGA